AUGGCGUUCACGUUCGCUGCCUUCUGCUACAUGCUGGCGCUGCUGCUCACCGUUGUGCUCAUCUUCUUUGCCAUCUGGCACAUUAUAGCAUUUGAUGAGCUGAAGACUGAUUACAAGAAUCCUAUAGACCAAUGUAAUACACUCAAUCCUCUUGUACUUCCAGAAUAUCUCAUCCACACUUUCUUCUGUGUCAUGUUUCUCUGUGCAGCAGAGUGGCUUACAUUGGGUCUCAAUAUGCCACUCUUGGCAUAUCAUAUUUGGAAGUAUAUGAGUAGACCUGUGAUGAGUCGACCAGGACUUUAUGAUCCUACAACCAUCAUGAACGCAGAUAUUCUAGCAUACUGUCAGAAAGAAGGAUGGUGCAAAUUAGCUUUUUACUUACUAUCAUUUUUUUACUACCUAUAUGGCAUGAUUUAUGUUUUGGUGAGCUCUUAAGAUGUUAUUCAACAGACUCAAUUAAAAGUGCAUGCAAAAGCCACAAAGUUGAAAGGAUUCUGUCCAAGAAGAACCUGUUUCCAAGAUUAGCUUAUGGAAUAUGAUCAGUUACUUAAAAAAAAAAAAAGACUCCUUAUUUUUAAAAUGUUUCCACGUUUUUUUUUUUUUUUUUUU